AUGCCUUGUAAGAAUAACACCCAGGUGAUGUAUUUUAUCCUGGAAGGUCUCUCCAAAAAUAGUCAUGCUCAAGCUAAACUUUUCCUAGUAUUUUCCUUAGUUUAUGGAACCACACUACUUGGAAACUCCAUAAUUAUCCUCCUGACAAGAAUAGACCAAGAACUGUCUACUCCAAUGUAUUAUUUUCUAUGUAACCUUUCUCUUUUGGAUAUUUCUUUCAUCUCAGUCACUGUACCCAAUAUGCUGUUCAAUAUUUACACUACCAAUAUGUCAAUAAGUUAUACUGGAUGCUUUACUCAAUUGUAUUUCUUUCAUUUUUUGGGAAGUUCUGAAUGUUUCCUAUUGGCCAUAAUGAGCCUUGACCGAUAUGUGGCCAUUUGUCAGCCUCUAAGAUACUCCCAUAUUAUGAACACUAGGGUUUGUUUAAGGAUGGCGAUUGGUUGCUGGAUUAGUGGGAUUUUAUUCUCUUGUUCUCAUACAUUUCUUACAUUGAGCCUUUCUUUUUGCUCUUCAAAUAUCAUCAACCACUACUUCUGUGAUAUCCCACCACUCCUCCAAGUGUCUUCCACAGACACUCACAAAAACAUUCUAGAAAUUUUUAUUUUUGGAGGAUUUGUUGCUGGUGGGUGUUGCCUAUUGAUCUUAAUUUCUUAUAUCUUUAUUAUUUUGUCCAUAUUAAAGAUCAGUACAACUAGAGGAAAAAGUAAAGCUUUCUCAACAUGCACUUCCCAUUUAAUGGUGGUUUGUCUCUUUUUCGGAACCAUACUCUUUAUGUAUCUGAGACCUACAUCGGCCUACUCUUUGGACAAUGAUAAAUUGUUUUGUGUCUUUUACAACGUUUUUACUCCUAUGUUAAAUCCAAUCAUUUACAGUUUUAGGAAUAAGGAAGUUAAAAUGGCUAUGAAAAGAUUGUUUAUAAAACUAAAAGGUUUAUCUUAG